AUGGCCGAGGUUGCCCCUGCUCGGCUUCUGGAGUCUCUCCCGGCACGACCACCGACGCCACCUAGGGAGACACAGGUGGUAGAAGUUGCCCGGAAACAGCCUUUGCUGGCUGCCAGCCGAUGUAACCCGCUCGACCCCCGUUCGAGCCUCCAUACACCCCCCAGUGCCCAGUCUCUCGUGUCUUCUGCUACCAAGACCGGCAGCACGGGAUCGCGGCAAAAGAAGGUCGAGUUCUCCGCCAAGGCCGAGUACAAGGAACCGCCCGUGUACACAGAGACCGCCGACAGGUCACAGACAAACACCACGCCACCUAUUGUGGUGCUCCCUCCAUCAUCGAGUGCCUCGCGACCGACCAAGUCCAUCCUCAAGGCCACUGCCUACGAAGCCGUUAUCCCUUCAUCUCCGACGAAUAUCUCCGACAUGCUCGCGUCAACGGUACAGCAACUGGUCGGCGCGGACCGAGACUCGAAGCUGGAUGCUUACAUGAUGCUCGCCCGCGCCCUUAAGACCUCCGACAACCUCCCUGACCGUAUUGCUCUGCAAAGCAAGAUGCCACUCUUCACGCAGUUUAUCCAGCGUGACAUCACGUCCCCCAAGACGCUUGAAGGCGCCCUCGACUCAACCCUCGUUAUUGCCGCUCUCGACCUCCUCAACACCUUCCUCCGCUUCUCUGCCAUUGCAUCCACCCUCUCCAACGACUUUGGCGUUUUCAUCAUCGACCACUGCAUUCGCUCCUUUGAGGUAUCUAGUGUGCCCCGGGACGUGCUGCGCACACUGAUGCGCGUCGUCGCGCUGCAAAGCUUCCCUGCAAAGGUCAUGACAUCUGACCGGGUUGGCCGGCUGGUGGCUGCUCUGCAUAAUAUGGACGAGCAGUACGAGAGCAAAAACACGAUUGUCAUGCGAUCUAUCAUCUACCGGACACUCGUGAAGAACAACAAGAUGCUCAUGACCGUGCACCUGGAAUGGAUGCCAGACCUGCUGGCUGACAUGGUGAGCACUGUCCCCCACAUCCGCGAGGCCGCCAUCAGCCUUGGACUUGAGGCUGCCUUUGCUCUCGGCCGCGAACGGCCUACUUCACAGCGACUCGGAGAGCUCCUGCAAGCAACUGUCGAAGACGAGAGAUAUCUCGACUACUACGCCAAUCGCCUGCAGACCAUGACCAAGAACAAGGCCGAGGCCUCUUCCGUGCCACAAAUUUGGAGCGUCGUGACCCUUUUCCUGCGGACGCUUGAGAAGUGGGACUUUCUUAUGAAGUGGCUGCACAUUCUCCAGGCCUGCUUCAAUAGCAGCGACUAUCGCACAAAGGAAGAGGCCAACUACGCCUGGAGCCGCUUCACCUACGCCCUGCUUCGCAAUAACCGCACCCUGUCGAAGAAGAUGACCGUUGUCCUCAACCAGGCCCUUGUGAGCCAGCUGCGCCGCCGCGGCUCCGGCAAGCAAGCCGACGACUUCCGCAAGGUUGUCCUGGGUUGCGUUUGCAAUCUGUUUUACUAUGCUAUGCAUGAUGCCAGCCAACUGGACAACACCUGGGACAACGUUGUCAGGCCCGUUGUGCUGCAGCUGCUCGAACUGUCCACCGCUGAAGAAUCGACACGGGAGAAACGGAAAGUCAAUCUGACGUCCGCAUGCACCAUUCUCACCGGUCUAAUUGACUGCUCCGCACCCCGGCCCUGGAAGGAAGACCACAUUGCUAAGAGCCCCAUUGUGUCCCCGGAAGACCUCCCAGCGGUCGAUGCGAAGUGGAUUCGGCGCAAUGCCGACCGCGUCUUUGCUCUUGUCGGUCCUAUCCUGGAGCAGAACUUUCUCGAGCUCGCCACACCGCGCAGUGCUACUCAAAUCCUUUGGCAGGCCGUCGUUGGAGCUGUGUCUGCUGCGGCCGCAAAGGAGAUCAAGGUGUCACCAGAGACUGCUGCUUUCGUUGGCCACGUACUCUCUCUUCUUCUCAAGGUGUGGACGAACGGAGUUCCGUCGACAAGUCAUACCUCCAACCUCAGCGGCAGCGUAACCUCCACUAGCCAAACAAACGACUCGGACAUCACCUUUGCGACGACCCGGUAUUUGGCGGCCGCCCGCGAGUUUCUCCUUACCACAGUGGACUCUCUCGGCUGCCUGCCCUUCACCGAGAAGCAACUGUCCCGGGACGAGAGAAAUGCCUUUGUGCCCGUCGCAACGCCCUCGCAGCGCGCCGGCAAAGGUCACUCAGUAUCUCGUACGCCUCUUCGUCACCUCUUCUCUAUUCUCUCGUCGUUGCCUCCUGGGGUCCAGGACGACGAAGACUUUUCCGAUUUCGUGGAAUCCAUUUUUGCUCCUUUCUUCUCCGCCAAGUCGGCCAAAGGCCGCCGCACCUUGGCUUACGAAAUGCUACAGAUGACACCCAUGGAUGCUCUGUGCCCGUACGGUCCGUGGCAGGUCGUCGCAUCGCAGAUCACGUCAAGCAUGGCCCAGACAAGUAGCGCUGGAGGCAGUGUCAGCAACGGAAGUGGAAGUGGCAGCAACGGCAUCAAGGGAAGUCACGGGGACUCCAUCGGCAACUACUACCAGAUGUCACUGUCGCCCAGCUCUGGCAGCGCCAGCGUCACCCCUGCAGGCCACGAGUACCGCGAGGUUGUCCGAGUGCUCGAGCGUGGCCUUCGCUCGACGCCCAAUCUGCCGUGGACCCGCUGGCAGGCUCUCUUCUGCACCAUUUGUGAUAGAGUCCGCGACGAUGCCGGAGAAGCUGGACUGGCCAUGUGCGUUUUGGACCCGCUGGCCAAGACAAUGACGGAGCUCCUGUCUCAGACUACCUCGGCCGCAGCCUCUCCAACAGUCUCUCGUGCGAUUGUUGAGCUACUAUCCGUAGCCACCCAUCCGAGAGACCGCCAAGCUGUGGAUGCUGCGAAGCGCCGCCUUUGGGGCUCCGCCAUCGCUUCAUCUGGUCCUAUGGCCCCCUUUGAUCCGUUUGACCACUUUUACAAACUAGUAAGCAACUCGCUGCGGCAGGCUUACGUAUCUUACGACGCCGGAAAUCACGACUCGGCGGUGUUUGGAACAGCACUUCUGAAGGAGCUCACAGGCUUCUUUGGUCGAUCGAACGAGCAGCUCUUUUUGAAGGCCUUGGCCUCCGUCCAGGAUGGCCUCGCGGAAUGGGUGCAAGACUUGGAAGGCAAGCUCAACCGUGGUUCGAGCGCUGCUGAUGCUAUUACUUCGCUUUGGGAUGCUUUGUGCGCCUUGUUGGAGCGUGCCGGCGGCACGUCAUCCGGCCUUCCCAUAGCAACCUUGGAGCCAAUCCUCCACGCUUCCUUUGCCGGAAAGCACCGCCAUAUCGUCAACGCGACUCUGGUCAUGUGGAACAAAAUCUACAGUGGCUACGAGGGCGUGCUGGACUACCCGGAGAGACUCAGAGAAGCUCUUGUGACUCUGCAGGUCUAUGUUGACAUUCCUAUUCCCGGAUUGGACAUCACCCUUACGUCGUCCGGUGGAGCCCAGCAGCCUUUGUUUGUGGACACCGAGGAUGAUGUCUUUCAUCCUGAGGCCGUGAUAACGCUUUCCUCUGCCGGCAGCCAUAUGAACGAGGCCUCCACGCCGCGCCCGGCUUUGAGCAAGUCACACUCCACACCGACGCAUACGCCUCUAUCUGCUACAUCCCCAUCGUCUGUCCACAGAGGUUCUAAUGGCAAGUCGAAGAAGUCUGCCAAGAAGGACAAGAUGCUCCGGCGGGAGAAGUCAGAGUCCACCCCUGCACGGCCUCGUCACGAUGACUCGCAGAUCGAGUUCACAGCCAUCGAUUUCCCGAGCGCCGUGACGAGUAGUGCAGCGGAAUCAACUGCCAAGGAUAUCGAUGCUGCUGAAGAAUCACAGAUUCUCACCGACAGACAGCGUGAGGUCCGUGAUCGCCAGCGCGAGACGAACGCACUCUACUCGGAUGUGAUAAGCUCAAGCCCGACCGGCGAGGCUGCGGCCAGAAAGCUGUCUACAGCGACGCGGACAGUUCCUGCCCGGGAGUCGAGUGUUUCUCUUCCUCAGCAGGUUAUUGAACCUGCCCUUGUCCAAGCUAGCCUUUGCCAGGAAAAUGAGCAGGAGAAGCGGGCGUCAUCCCCUGCGUCCGAGGACGUUGCACUACCUGACCAGGUCCGCACCGCGACGCCAGAGCCGCCAACAGCCGCCGCUGGUCCGUGUGUUACGGCGGCAGGUGCCUUUGCGGAGGACGAGUUUAUCGCCUCGACUCCGACCCCACGCCGUGGCCAAGCCCUUGUCUUCCCCGAAACCCACGACAACGAGAUCGACUCCCCUUCGUCGCCACCCGAGCCGCGCCGGUACCCCUUACUGCCCGACAUCUCCUCACGGUCUCGUAGCAGCAGUAUCCUGGACGAGUGGCAGUUCUCGUCUUCCCCUCUGUCUGGAUCGCCCAUUGCUGCCCGCCACACGCUACCUGAGCCGGAGCUUAGUAUCGACGGUGUUAUCGAGACCAGCCUGGGGGAGCGGGUACAGGUGACCGGAGGACACAGCGGUGGUGCUGCGCACAACGUGCCGUCAGCAACGGAACAGGCUGUCAAUCACGAACCGCCUACUUUAAAGCCCACGAACGACGGCGAUGUCGACAUGGAAGAUGCCGUCAUACCUGCUUCAGCGGAUGUCGACCCCGCCUUGAUGUCUUCGCGCGACAACCUUACAGUGCAAAUCUCGCCCCUUGUACAUAGGAAGAGCCGCCCGCCCACAUCGCCUGCUACUCCCCGGCAAACGCGUCGCCAGAGUGCCCUUUCUCAGGAGAUGUCACAGGAGAACCACGCAGACGACGAGAGCUCGACUGGCGACAUCAGCUUUUCGGGCUCCGCGUCGACAUCAGUCCCGCAGAGCUUACCACGUGCUCACCGCAAGGACCGGAAGGCGUCUGCGUCCAAGGCUGUUGCACAGUCGAGCCCGAUCCGGGCGUCGGGCAGCAGUGGCCGACGCUAUAGACUGAUGGCCAUGCCGCCCCCGUCAAUGCAUAAUGUGUCAUUCCGGAUGAGCGACGGCGAGGAGCGCAGCAUGCUGCGGCUGGCGAUUGAGCUGGAUAUGGUUAACAAGCAAUCCCAGCCAGAGAUGCCGUCCUCCCCUGUCCCCAGCGCACCGCCCAGCACGCGCAGCAGCAGCAAGGUGCGCAACAAUGCUUCGACAGACGGUUUGGAAGCUCUCGACUGUAUCACGGUCUGGACGAGCCACGAAAAGAACGAAAAGAACGGAAAGAACGACAAGAAGACCAAGAAGGCCAAGAACGAGCAGGCUGAUACCACUGCUGGCUCACCCGAGAGCUCGCAACAGACGCCAUCGCAGCGUUCGCGGCGCAGAAAGAGGAAGCGGUCUGCUUCAGCACAGGCUGAUGACGUGGCCAUCGCCACCGCGUCGUUCAGCCCCGGUGUGACCAGUCGCCGUGCCGAACGAAAACUUGCGCGGGCCAGACGCCACACUAGCGAAGCCAGAUCAGAGCGGAGCCAGAAAACGGCCAGCCCGGCUCCGGCAGACGCAGUUCAAGAUGAAGAAGGGGCUUCCACAACGGCCGAGGUCGGUCUCUCCUCGCGCAGCAAGAGAGUCGUGGCCGACGAGACCGCUAGCAAGGGGUCCGAUGGCGACCACGACGUACAGUCGCAGCUGGCUCUUGAGCUGCGGGAGCUUAGUAGCCGCAGCACUCACAACAAUGUGGUGGACCUGACUGCUGUGGCCGACACAUCGGCAACGACGGAUGAGGUGAACAUCGCGGACGAUAUCGAGCCGGAUUCCGUGGUGGAGGUCGACGUGCCCCCUGCAAGCGACGAGGACCGGCCGACCAAGAAGCCUCGGCUGGCGGGCAUUCUGUCCUUGCUCCGGGGCAGCUUGACGCUCCUCAAUUCGGCGACGCUGUCGCGCGAGGAGGUGGACCAGGUGGAGGAUGUGUGUAUGGACGUGAAGCGGGCCCUGUACGAUGCAGAACGCCGUGGCCGAGAUUGA